AUGCAAAAGAAUACUAUAUUGAUCUGUUCAAACAAUGUCAAAAAAUAUUCUCAAAACAUAGAAAUUGUUUCUACAUUUAGUUUUUUUGAUUCUUUAAAGAGAUUCAAUCCGCUAGAUAUUAAAUUGGAUAACUUGAAAACUUUAAGUGUCCUCGACUUGAUUAGUGGUGAUCAUUUAUAUGUCAAUUUUUCAAUCAAUGAACACUUUAAUCGGUUUAGAUUAACUCAUCAAACCAUUAAGCUUGAUUUUACAACUCGAAGCCAUUUUCAAUUACUAAAAUAUUUAGAUAAAAUACUUUUCCAAAAAACCAUUUCUAAUAGUGCACUUCUUUGUUUCAUUGGGGAACACUCUGCAGAGUUAAAUCGUUUAACCUCUCUCUCAUUCAAAAAUUCCAAUCCCAGUUUUAAUUCAUUCUUAAAGUAUAAUUUCAAAGACUUUUAUUUUUUGAAAAAACUCACCUUAUCUGAUAACAAUUUGCUAUUGAUUUCAGAAUUUUUUUUAUUGGAUAAUUUAGAAACCCUCAAUUUGAGAAGCAAUUCAAUAGAAAAAAUUGAAAAUUUAGUACUGCUUAAAAACUUACAAACACUUAAUCUUAGCAACAAUAAAAUUCUAAAAAUAGAAAAAAUAUCUUCUCUUGUUAAUUUAGAAAAUUUAAAUUUAUCAAAUAACAAAAUUUCAAAAUUGGAGAAUCUAAAUACAUUGAAAAACCUUCGGAUAUUCAAUUUGUCCGGAAAUUUACUUGAAAAUGUUGAAAAUAUAUCAAUGAUUUCUUAUAUUGAAGAAUUGGAUUUAUCAUCAAAUCAAAUCGAAUUUACGCACAACUUGGAUGAAUUAUUCGCAUUAAAAAAAUUGCAAAAAUUUAAAAUCUCUGAUAAUUUCCUUUCUGACACCGAUCGAUUGGAAUCAAUCGCCUUUGUGAGUAAAACCUUUUUGACUGAAUUAACUUCAAUAAUACAAGAUCAUGAUAUACUAAGCAAAGUACUUUUUGAAAGUCCUGACACUGACAGAAUAAUAGAAUUAUCAAAUGUUUUAAAGGAUGACAGUAAAUAUAAAUCUGUAAAAUUGAUAAAAAUUCUUAGAAAUAAUUGGUUCAAUUUUUCGAAACCACAUAUCCAUUUUUUAUAUAACUUUGGAAUUGAAAAUAUAGAGGAGCAAAAACAUAUAUUUACUUUAAUCCAAAAUCAAGUUCAAUUCGCAAGAUAUUGUACAUUAAUGUUAUCAGCCGGAAAAGAUUUUCUCAAACAGGAUCCGGAUAUUGUUAAACCAUAUUCUCAACGAAAUUUCUAUGAGCAAUAUUUUAAAUCAUUUGAGUAUAUUGCUAGGGUCCAUGAACAGGAUCUAGCAAUUCCUUUAGUCAAAUUAUUAAUUAAACAAGGAAUAAUUAUUGAAGACGAAAAAUUGUUGGAUGUAUUUGAUUACUAUAUUAAAAAUGCUGAAAAUGCUUGGAAGAAUUUUCUUUAUCACUAUGUCAAAGUGAAUGUGUUCCUUCGGUUUAUGAGGACAAUAAAUCAAUUUGGUCCACAGGUUUGUCAAAAAUUUGAUUGUUGGAAAAAUAAUUUAGAAAAGAAAAAAAUUAUAACCUUAAAGAAUUUUAAUUUUAUGUCUAGUCAACAAUUUUAUUCGAUUAAUAGAAAUAUCUCCCAAAUUCAAUCAUUGAACAAAAUGAACAAGAAAUAUUCUGAAAAUUCUGAACCUGAACUUGAAACCAAAUUCGAAAUCAUUGCUAGGAAAAUGAAAAAUCUUUGUAUAGAAAUUGAUAGGGUUUAUUCACUUUACGAAAAUGAUGAAGUAUUAUCAAUGUUAGAAAAUAUGUUUUUCCAUUCUUAUCUUAACAGAAAUAAAGAUUUUGGUUUACUAAGUAUAUUUUACGCUAAAAAAGCGAGUAAAUUUUUCACAAUAAAAGAGCCUAUAUUAGUGCUAGUGUUUUUAAAUUGUUUAGUUGUGGUUUCAUUUCUGCUUGAGAAAUAUAGUUUAAAAAAAGUAUUUCCUGAAAUUAAAAUGCUGAAUUUAUUCCUUCAGUUAAAUCUGAAAGAUAGUUCCCAAGCUACAAUCAAAAUCCGUGAUUUGUCGAACAAUAAUAGUUAUCAAUUGAUUAUUUACGAUUAUAGUGCGUUUGCUCAAACUAUUGAAAAUGCUAGAGAGCUUUUGACUGUCAAAAAAAUAAAUAAUAUUUAG